AUGCCCUACCAUGACUAUCCGACCAACUACCCAGACAUUGAAAACGAUGACCGUGAACGUAUGCGAAUUUGGCACAAUGGUGUUUGGGAAACGAAAAAGCAUGUGAUCAUUGGUUUUCGUGUGAAAAACGAUACUAGUCUGAUCCAUUUCAAAGCACACGAUCUGAAGACUGGACUGGUCGAAUUCGAAUGCGACUUCGGACCUGCUGUGGAGGGCGAAUGUUGUGUGGACAAUCGAGACCGGGUGACGAUGCAAGUGACUGAUGCAUGUGAGAAGCGUGUGGUUGCCACCGAAUUCACAGAAGACCAUCGUGAUGUCUACUAUAUCAGUCGACUGCCAGGAUCGAGCUGGAAUACGUCGAUUAUCAACAUCAAGGUGCAAACACCGAACGGCACGAGACGGUACUUCUACGCCAAACCAGAAACUGUGUCUCCCAUGGUGUGUCCUGAGAUUCUACGUGGUGGUCAUGAAAGCGACAUUCCGGGACUAGUGGUCCGACUGUCUACGACGGAGGAACACAGUAUGUCAUAUCAUAUACUGGAAACCACUGGUGUUUACAUAGCGGAAAGUGAGUGGUACCACAUUACCAUUCGGACGUUUCAACGACCAGACGAUAUCUUAACAGGUUACGAAGUUUACUACGACGAAACUGUGGACGUUCAGAACGCCCACCGUAUGCAUGACCAAACAACCCAUCCAGCUGAUGCUGAUUUCACACUGGCGACGGAGCGUGUCCAACUGUUUCAAGAUUACCGG